AUGGCCUCACGCACCCCGUCCCUUGAGUCGCUGCCCGGUGCCAACUCUAUAGGUUCGCUGGAGCGUGGCUCCUUAUCACCACUGACUUUGAGCGGCUCCUCGCCUCCCGCGAGUGACUCCGCCGUAUGUGAUCUUCGCGAAUUCGACGGUCUAGACACCACCUGUGCUAUUUGCCGAGAGACAUUCGUUGACCCUAAAGUUCUCAACUGCUUCCACACCUUCUGCAGAGGUUGCCUCGAGCGAGAACAAACCCACCCCGACAAAGUAACUUGCGUCACUUGCCGUGUGGAUAGUCACCUGUCCCCAGCCGGUGUACCUGGACUCCUCACAAACCUAGUGAUCGCAGCAGCCGUCGAACAGGACGCUGAUCUUCUGCCGUCCGGACGUCAGACUAAUUCGCCCACUGCGCCCUGUACUGGCUGCAAAUCUAAGGAAUCCGACGCUGUAGCGCGCUGUGUAGAUUGCGCUAACUUCCUGUGCCCCAAUUGCGUCAUGGCUCACCAAUUUAUGCAUUGCUUUGAAGGUCAUCGUGUGCUGGCCUUCACGGACCUAAAAGAUGAUAAAGGUCUUCUUAACUCGACGCUCUCGUCGAGCGGUGAUAAAACCGCAUUCUGCCCGAGACACAAAAAUGAUAUUCUGAAAUACUUUUGUCGCACUUGUUCCGUGCCAGUGUGCAAAGAAUGUACUAUUAUCGAACACCCCGCGGCGCUACACGACUGUGAACAUUUGUCGGAUGCCGGGCCUAAACAACUUGAACUCAUGCAGCAAGCAGUAAAUGAAGCUAAAACACGUGCAACAGAAAUAAGACACGUUGUGAAGACGGUAGAACAUGCUGCUGGUAAACUUCAAGUUCAAUAUCAUAAAGCUCAAAAUGAAAUUAACGACACCUUCCAAUUCUACCGCUCUAUGCUAGAAGAGCGUAGACAGGAGUUGCUGAAGGAACUGGAAAGUGUUUUCUCGACAAAACAAAUUGCUCUCACUGUCGUGGGACAGAAAGCUCAAGAAACUGUAGAUAAAAUAUAUCAAACAUGCGAUUUCGUCGAAAGGUUAACGAAAUGCGCCAACAUCGCCGAAAUAUUGAUGUUUAGAAAACUCUUAGAUACUAAACUGCAAUCUUUAAUUAGCACAAACCCGGAACAAAGUGUACAAACUGCUUGCGAACUCGAAUUUGUAUCGAAUUAUCAAGCGAUACAAGUCGGCGUAAGGAACACUUUCGGUUACGUUCGCUCUAGUUCUGAAGCGAACGUCGGUCCUACCAAACAACCACCAAUUGCUCGUCCCACCAACGGUUCUUUGUUGAAUGGCGGAUCUUCCUCGAGCAGCAGCAGCGUAAAUGGAAGCUCAGGAAGCCUUAACGGUGGUAUUCACCUACCGACUGGAUUAAAUGGUGUUUUAGACAGACCUUACUCGAAUGGACUUCUCGGUCCUACGAGCCAAUCAACAUCUCCGUUUGAUACGAACAUUAUCUCCAAACGUUUUACAAGUGGUAGCUCUCUCGGGCCUUUCUCUUCUGCUAUUGGAGAUAUCAACUUAAACGGCAUAAACCCAUACGAAAAAUGGUCAAAUGGAGGAUGUGACACGCUGUUCCCUCCUGCCACAUCGGACCCAUAUUCUCUUUCUGCUGCCGCUCAUUCAGAUCCAAUUUUAGAUUUGACAAACAAAUUAAUAUCCACUGCCAUAUUCCCUCCAAAAUCACAGAUCAAACGGCAAAAGAUGAUAUAUCACUGUAAAUUCGGUGAGUUCGGUGUGAUGGAAGGCCAAUUCACAGAACCGAGCGGAGUCGCUGUCAAUGCUCAAAACGACAUAAUUGUCGCCGAUACUAACAAUCACCGAAUUCAGAUUUUCGACAAAGAGGGCCGCUUUAAGUUUCAAUUUGGCGAGUGUGGCAAACGAGAUGGACAGCUAUUGUACCCUAAUAGGGUGGCCGUUGUCCGAACCUCUGGAGAUAUUAUCGUAACAGAAAGAUCGCCGACACACCAAAUACAAAUUUACAAUCAGUAUGGACAAUUUGUACGGAAAUUCGGUGCCAAUAUUCUUCAACACCCCCGCGGUGUCACCGUGGAUAACAAAGGACGAAUCGUCGUCGUGGAAUGUAAAGUUAUGCGUGUCAUUAUCUUUGACCAAGUAGGAAACGUUCUGCAGAAAUUUGGAUGCUCAAAACAUUUAGAAUUUCCCAACGGCGUUGUGGUGAACGACAAACAAGAAAUAUUCAUUAGUGACAACCGCGCGCAUUGCGUCAAAGUCUUCAACUACGAAGGCAUUUACUUACGACAGAUCGGAGGAGAAGGAGUGACCAACUACCCGAUAGGCGUGGGCAUCAAUGCCGCCGGCGAAAUCUUAAUCGCCGACAAUCACAACAACUUCAACCUAACAAUAUUCACUCAAGACGGACAGUUGGUAUCGGCUUUAGAAAGUAAAGUAAAACACGCUCAAUGCUUCGACGUAGCUCUCAUGGACGACGGCUCGGUAGUGCUCGCGAGCAAAGAUUACCGCCCGUCGUCAUGCCCCCUUUUCACCCCCGACCUCACUCAACCCCAGCGCAGUCGGGAACUUCCGGCGACACUUAAAGCCAAAAAGAAAAGUUAA